UUCUGAAUCUAUAGCCGUAACAAUGAAAGGGGCAAAGCAUGUUUUUUGUUGAAAUCUUUGGCCACAAAUGUAAUCAUUAAUUUUCAUAAAUUUUAACUCACAAUGACAACCUUAUCACCGUCCCUCCAAUUAAUUCUUCCCUGACUUCUGUUCUUUAAUUCAUUUAUUAUUAUUAUUUUGUAAUAUUAAUUCAUUGAUCAUCCAAAAACCAGCUCCAGCUUCAUAAAGCAAUCAUCAAUGGCAGAAAAAAACAAGCAAAAAAUCCCAUGCAUGGAUUGGUACGUAUUCUACCCCACACUCACAGCAUCUCCUUUAAUCUUUUUUUCUUCUUAGCUCAAAUGAAUACAAAAAUUUAAAAAUAAGCUUCUGUUUUGUAUCAGAUUUUCUUACCCUUUUUUUUGGCUUCACAUGGUUUUUCCUGGUCCUGCGGUAUUUAUUUAAAAGAGUACUUAAUAUUUGCAUGUGGGGACUGUGGUUUUUGUUUCUUUUUUCUUUUUUUCUUCUCGAAUGAUUAUCUAAUGGAUGGUAGCUUAUUUUAUAAUUAUUAUUAUCAUUUUUUUUGCAUGUGAUGCUGUUUUCUCAAGCAAGAACAGCUCAUAAUUCAUAAAUAUCUCUCAAAUGAUUUUCUAAUGGAUUAGUUUCAUUUGAUUAUUGUAUAGUGUGCUUUGCUUCCUUUUAAUUGUUUCACAGGGAUUAAUCUGCCAAAUUCUUCAAUUUUUCUGGGCUUUUCUCUGCAAAUAUAUAUACCCUUUUUUACAGAGAAUCUUUUGGUUUGAAUUAUUGGGAUUUUGAAGCAGCUGGGAAAAAUGGGCAAGAAAAUGAAAAUGAACCCAUUGUUCAUAUUCUUAUUGGGGACAAUUUUCACAUCCAUAGUUGCUGAACCAGUUAAAGACAAACAAGCAUUGUUAGAUUUCAUUCAACAUAUUCAUCAUUCAAGGUCUCUCAAAUGGAGCAAACAAGACUCUGUUUGCAACACUUGGGUUGGUGUGGCAUGUAACAAUGAUCAUUCCAGGGUUAUAGGUCUGCAUUUACCAGGAAUGGGGUUUCAUGGUCCUAUCCCACGUAACACUUUGAGUAGGUUAUCAGCUCUUGAGGUGUUGAGCCUUAGAUCCAAUGCUAUUUCAGGUUCAUUCCCUUCUGAUUUUGCCCAACUCAAGAACUUAACCACACUUUACCUUCAAUUCAACAAUUUUUCUGGUCCAUUACCUGAUUUUUCCAUUUGGAAUAAUCUUACAAUUCUAAACCUUUCAAACAAUGGCUUCAAUGGAAGCAUUAAUCCUUCAGUGACAAAAUCCAGUCACCUUACAGCUUUGGAUCUUUCUUAUAACUCACUUUCAGGUGAUAUUCCUGAUAUCAAUAUCCCUAGCUUACAACAGCUUGAUUUAUCCAAUAAUAAUCUCACUGGGAUCAUCCCAAACUCCCUCGAAAGAUUCCCAAGUUGGGCAUUUUCUGGUAAUACCAACCUUUCAUCAGCAAAUAGUACCCUUUCUCCUAUUCCAAGCCAGCCACCUAAUGGUCAACCAUCAAAGAAAGGAAAAAACCUCAGUGAACCUGCAUUGUUGGGGAUAAUAAUAGGAAGUUGCUGUGUGCUGUUCAUAUUAGUUGCCCUUUUGAUCAUUUGUUGUCAAUCCAAGAAACAAAAGGAACAAGGAGUCCCUGAAAAUACCCCAAAGAAAGAAAUCCCUUUGAAGAGAAAGGCUUCUGCGAAUCACGAUAACAACAACAGGCUUAUCUUUUUUGAGGGUUGUAAUCUUGCAUUUGAUCUUGAGGAUUUGUUGAGUGCAUCAGCUGAGGUGCUUGGGAAAGGUACAUUUGGUGUAACAUACAAAGCAGCCUUGGAGGAUGCUACCACUGUGGCAGUGAAGAGGUUGAAAGAAGUAACCUCAGCUAAACGGGAGUUUGAGCAGCACAUGGAGGUGAUCGGUCAUAUUAGGCACGAGAAUGUGUCUGCACUUAGAGCAUAUUAUUAUUCGAAAGACGAGAAGCUUGUGGUUCAUGAUUACUAUGAACUUGGAAGUAUCUCUGCUUUGCUACAUGGUAAAAGGGGCGAAGACCGGACACCGUUGGACUGGGAAACUAGGCUUAAAAUUGCUAUUGGUGCUGCUAGAGGCAUUGCCUAUAUCCACAGACAAAACAAUGGCAAGCUUGUUCAUGGAAACAUAAAAGCCUCCAACAUUUUCCUUAACUCAGAACGGUACGGUUGUGUCUCAGAUAUCGGUUUAGCAGCAGUGAUGAGCCCGAUGCCUCUGCCUGUAAUGCGUGCUGCAGGUUACCGUGCACCGGAGGUAACUGAUACAAGGAAAGCAACUCAAGCAUCCGAUGUAUACAGUUUCGGGGUCUUUUUACUCGAGCUAUUAACCGGUAAAUCUCCAAUACAUGCCACCGGUGGGGAGGAGAUCGUUCAUUUGGUGAGAUGGGUGCAUUCGGUAGUUCGAGAAGAGUGGACCGCCGAAGUGUUUGAUGUAGAACUCCUACGGUAUCCGAAUAUAGAGGAGGAAAUGGUGGAGAUGCUACAAAUUGCAAUGAGUUGUGUGGCAAGGGUAGCGGAGCAGAGACCGAAAAUGGCCGGACUAGUGAAAAUGGUGGAGGAAAUUCGGCGAGUUAACAAUGGAAACCAAUUGUCUUUCGAAGCAAAAUCGGAAACCUCUGCUUCAACAUCAAUCCCACAUGCAGUAGCUGAAACAGCUUCCUCUUCUACUGUUCCACUGUGAGAUUCUUUUGGCUUAUGAAUCACAAUAAAGAAGAGAAAUUAUCAUUUGCUUAUGAAACAGGGAGAAGGGAAAAGGGGUUUUGAUUAUUUAAGUUAAUGAAUUAGUUUAGCUAGCCUCUGAUAUAGCUAUGAUCAAAGGCCAAUACUUUGGCUACUGUAUCAUUUAAACAGUAUGGUUUUGCUCACUGAAUGUCUUAUUAGAUCUCUUUUAUC